UUGAAUAUUGAAAUUAAGCUUAAUCUCCCUUCCUUCAUUUACAACACUUAAAGGUCUGUGGCAGAGAGUAGCCUGCAAGCAUUCUGUCGGUGAGAGGGAAGAGAUCCUUCUCUUCUCUUUUGUUUGUAGAAGAGGAUUCAAGCUUCAAACUAGAGAACAGAUUGGCCCAAGAGGUAGCAGAGCAUCUAUGUUCUGGUGCUGACUCCCGGCGCUGGGAGAGGAGAAAUUCAAUUUGGAGAAGUGAACCUGGAUGAGCUGAGUCUCAGCCAGGAGAGGGGGGAGAACUGGGAUUCAGGAUCUGAGCGAUGGACCUGGGUUUUCUGUGGGUCCUGAGCUUCUAUUGGCUGAUUUCCAGAGGUCCCUGUGUGCUGGGUGAGAAGGGGCCAGUAGACAUGGCCUCCCUGAUCAGCUCCAUCAUUCAGCACUCCUCCCCAAGACUGAGGCCAGUCAGACACUGGGACACCACACUCACUGUGCAACUUGACCUGCGGUUGUAUUCUAUACUGGAUGUGAAUGAGAAAGAGGAGAAGGUCAGCCUGCACGUGCUCUGCACCCAGAGAUGGAAAGAUGAGUUUCUGUCAUGGGACCCUGCAGAAUUCAGUGGCCUCUCUCAUUUCACCCUCCCUGUAUCCAGCGUCUGGACACCUGACAUCAUUGUCCGAGAGGCGGUGAGUGUGGGACGGGUGGAGGCUGACGCCUUUGUGUCAGUGAACUCCACUGGAUGGGUGCAGCACAUUGAGCCGCUGCUGCUGGUGCUGCGCUGUGACCUGGCCAUGUUCCACUUCCCUUUCGACAGCCAGCGCUGCAACCUCACCUUCGGGCCCAACCUGCACACAGUGGAGGAUGUGGAACUGGUUCCAGAGAGGUCUGCAGGCGCGGUGCUCAAUGCCAGUCGACAGUCGAUCCGCCACGGGGAGUGGGAGCUACUGUCUAUCAGGACCUACAGCUUCACUGAGACUCAGGGCAGCCACAGCUACUCCCGCAUCACUUUCCAGGUGGAGAUGGGCCGCAGCUCUCUCUUCUACGUGGUGAACCUCAUCGUGCCCAGUGGGUUUGUGAUGUUGAUUGACCUGGCAGGAUUUGCCAUCCCCGUGGAGAGCGCUGAGAGAAUCCCUUUCAAGGUCACCCUGCUGCUGGGCUACACGGUCUUCCUGGUGCUGGUCAAUGACCUGUUGCCGCCCUUCAGAGAAAACACUCCAAUACUAGGUGUGUAUUUUGUAGUGUGCCUGGCAUUCCUGUCUCUCAGUGUGGGCGAAUCUAUGAUCCUGCUGGCCCUGGGGAAACCUGACAUCCUACACCAUGUCCCACCUCUGCCCCGCCUCGCCACCCUAUUCUUCCCUGAUUGGAUGAAAAAUAAAAAAUGGGCAGAAACACAGACACCACUUGACUCAGAGUUCAGAGACAAGAGCCGGCUCAUCAGAGAUCUGCAGCGGGCCUACAGGCUGGGAGAGGGGCAGGGGCAGGGGCAGGGCUCGGAGGCCAGGAGCACGCUGGCAGAUGCAAUGCAGGCCCUGGAGGCGGAGCUGUGGGAGGUGAGCGAGGAGCUCCGGAUCCUGACGCACAGAGGAAGCCGGCGCAGAGCUCGGCUGCAGCUGAUGGAGACGACGGACUGGCUGUGCUUCUGUGUCUACGUCGCCAUGCUGGCUGCCUUCCUGCUCAUCCUGAUGGUGUUCUGGAUGCUGGGGCACUGAGCCCAGGCAGGAGAGCUGCAGCCCAGGGCUGUGUACUGUACCUUCAGUGCUGAAGUCUCUGCCACACCUCUCCUGACACAGACCUUCCUGUUUAACCUAUCAGAGCGACAUUAGAAUUUUCAUGGCUUACACUGUAUUUUCAUUAAUGUGUGUUUUUUUUUUGUUAAAAUGAGCAAUGGGAGUCUAAAACAUGACUUUGUCAAGGUGUACUUUACACCUUAAAUCCAAUAACCCUGUAUCUCACAUACUUUUAAAUAUACUACUGUACAUACCAGUGCCUGACUCCCUGUGCUACACAGCCCUAAUGCUGUAUCUCAGUCCUGUAGUACAACAUCCUACAGCCUGUGCUGCAGUCAUCUGUUCAUGUAUGUGCAUGACUAGGCGGGUUGAAGGAGUCACAGCUCAUGU